UUCUCUUCCAGUACCAUGUCCAAAUCGCACUCACCAAGCAACGCCUCUAUUUGCAUUUUCCACCAUGCAAAAUCAGUACCGUUGAACUUCUCGAUUCGAACCCUCCCGUCCUCAGUCAUUGCAAAACGAGAGAAAAAAAACCAGAGAAAAAAUCAAGGAAUAACGGCCUGAAACCAAGCAACCUCCAAAAGAAAACAAACCCUAAAACAAAGAACCCGAACCAACGAGUACCAGGUCCAAAACCAGAAACCCUAAUCGCCAAGUUCACCUAAAACCGACCGAACAGCCCCUGACCAGAUCCGAACCAGCCUCUGAUCAGAUCCGAACCAGCCCCUGAUCAGAUCUGAACCAGCCCCUUAACCGCGGCAGCAAAACAGCAGCAAAACGAUCCUGAACAGCCUUCUUCCUGCGAUUGAUCCUGUGUAACCGUGUGUUUAACCGAACCAAGGCUCUGAUACCACUUGUUAGGAAUCAGAGAUCAGAGGCGGUCAAGCGGAAGCGAACAAACACACACACACAAAUAGCAGAAAAUAAGAACACGAGAUUUAACGUGGUUCGCCUCCGAAAGCAGCUUGCGGAGAUCUUUAACAUGAACCGGAGGAUCCUUGCUUUUAAGAACAAACCACCCACCCCCCCUUUGGAUGGUUUUCUGAAUGAGAACUCUUCCGCUUACCAGGCCAAACCUACAAAACCCCGUCGCCACAUUCCUCAGGAACUACGUGCCUACCAAGCUGAUGUUGCUACUGUUCUUCGUAACGGCUGCUUUUCAAUAGUACCAGCUACAGACCUUGUCCCUGGGGAUAUUGUUGAAGUCAGUGUGGGCUGCAAAGUUCCAGCAGAUUUGAGAAUGAUAGAGAUUUUGAGCAAUCAACUGCGUGUUGACCAGGCAAUUCUUACAGGUGAAAGCUGCUCCGUAGAGAAAGAGCUUGAUGCAACAACUACUACCAAUGCAGUGUACCAAGAUAAGACGAACAUCCUUUUCUCAGUAAGUUUAUUCCAUAAGAGAUUAGAACUUCCAGAAGGUCCUUGCCCCAUCCUCAUCUUCAUGGGUGUGAUCACCAUCUCGGAUAUGAGAUAACACUUUCUUUGCCUGACAUAUUAAGAGCCAGUUUAACGUUAUUAACCAAACUAAACAUAUACUUCGUAGAAUAAAUAUCGCACUUAAAAGUGGGGUUGGGGUCAAAAUAUACACAGAUGUUACAUCUAUCCCAAAGAGUAGAUCACUAUUAUACCAUUAUUGAGUUAAUAAAACCGUAAUAGUUUGAGCACACCAUACAUUUUCUUUUUUACACAAUCAAGUCCUUGCAAGGGAACAAUAAAAUGGUUUUCAAAUA